AUAAAAUUAAUAUGUUUUCUAUAAAACUAAAAUCAAAUGCAUUUUAGAUGUUCUGUAAAGUUUUUUACACUCUUAUUCUAAAAGUUACUAUUAUGGCAUCAGUUUCCUACACCCUUAAUUAUAAUAAUAAGAGAAGCACAUUGUUUAUUAGACCGAUUUUUGAUAAAUCGUGGGAUUUACCCAAACAAAAUCUUUUGAAUUUGCAAAUGACUGAAAUUGAGGCCAUAGCCAGAGAGGAAUUCCCUAUUUUGAACAAAGAAGAUAACGAACUUAAAGAUUUAAUUUACUUUAACAACGCUACAACAACUCAGAAGCCAAAUUAUGUUUUAAAUGCAUUGUUUCAUUAUUACACAACUAACAAUUUCAGUGUUUAUAGAGGCUCAGGAUCAUCUCACGACCAGCUUUCUACUCAGAUAUAUGAAAAUGCUCGAAAGAAAGUUUCAGACUUUGUUAAUGCGCCGUCAGCUGAACAAAUAUUAUUCACCUCCGGAGUUACAGACUCAAUUAACUUUGUCUCCAGUACUUGGGGACCACAAAACUUGAAAAAAGAUGAUGUGAUCCUUUUACCCUUAUCUGAGCAUAACAGUAAUCUUCUGCCGUGGUGGGUUUUGUGUGAUAGAGUCGGAUGUUCAAUUGAAUAUGUAAAGUUACACCAAAAUGGCCAGUUUGAUCUUGAUCACCUGGAAUCGCUACUAAAGAGUAAGAGUCCUAAGUUGCUUUGUUGUGGUCACGCAUCUAACGUUUUGGGAGUCAUUCAAGAUAUGAAAACAAUUUCAAAACUUGCCCAUAAGUAUGGAUGUUUGGUUUUAUCAGACUCUGCACAAACAGUUGGGAAAAUAAAGAUUGAUGUGCAAGAUAUGGAUGUCGACUUUUUGGCAGGAUCAAGCCAUAAGAUGUAUGGGCCUACUGGUGUGGGAUUUUUAUAUUAUAAAAAACGCCUGUUGGAGGAUUUAGAGCCACAAAAAUGUGGUGGAGGAACUGUCAAAGACGUAACAUUUGAAUCUUGUGACUAUUUUGAACCACCCUUCAGAUUUGAAGCAGGCACUCCACCAGUAGCUCAGGCUAUAGGGCUAGGAGCUGCAGUUGACUUUAUUAACAGUAUUGGAAUUGAUAGGAUAAGAAAACAUGAUAAUAUGCUGUUGCAAUAUUUAUAUGAAAGAAUGAAGGAUUUGGUAAAUUUGUAUAAUUUCGACCCUACCCUUGAUAGAAUACCUAUAAUAUCAUUCAACGUUGAUGAUAUUGACCCAUUUGACUUAUCUGCCCUACUUGCCUCAAAAAAUAUAAUAACACGUGCAGGAAAGCACUGCGCUUACUUAUUGCAUAAAACGUACUACUGUACUAACACAAUUCGAGUAUCCCUGGCCAUGUAUAAUAGUAGUUCUGAAGUUGACAAAUUCAUAGAAGCUCUUAAAGAAUCCAUCUCAAUUUUGAAACAACAAUGA